CAGUUGGAGCGCUCGCACUUUCCACUACCUCCAAGCCAUUAUCACAGUGAGGUUCAGUGAUUAGAGACUUUUGGGCGAGCUGGUGCAUUCCACGUGACAAAGUCCCCACGCACGGCCACAUUGGCCAGAGGAGGGCUGCUCUCACCAUUUCACCUUGUAUCGCUUUUAGUGCUGUGAUAUUGGCGACUUCGGAGGUAUUUUAAUUCAACACAGCAUCGCGUCGAGUGCAGAUAAUAGAUUCAAUAUGUGAACAGACCUCGAUAAUUGAAUGGAAAGAGUGAGUGAGAAAGAGGUGAAAAAUAUUGUCUCCACCUGUCUCUUGCCACAUUUACUGUUUGAGAAGAACAUCCAAUAUUGCCACUUUGUGCCACACAGGUGAAAUGGAUAUGGAAUUACAAUAACUGCUGACAGUGCUCAAGUGCAAGAAGUUGGAGGAGAAAAAAAAAUGCCCAAACCUCCUUGCUCAGUUUUGUAAUUGGUGUGUUUGCAUUGGGAGAUUUAUGGUUGCACUCACCGGACAUUGAUAUUCAUGUGACAGUGUCUCUCCUUUUUCCAAUUCACUGUGGCUCUGGACCUCAUGCGAAAGCUAUUGUUAAUUUCUAAAUCACAAAAAUACCUUGGAGUCGAGCUGUGUGUACAUAUUAAAUGUGAAGAAAUAAAAAGAUAGUGCGCGAAUGGACUUUAACAACGAAUGCAUAAUUCUCGUUGAAUAUUUUAACACUAUUUUGCACAUAGAUGUGCCUUGUGGUGUGUGCGUUUGCCAGAUAAAGGUGUGCAUUUCACAUCAAAUGAGUGUAUGAAAGGCUGUAAUUACCUUCUAUAUGUACAUUGGAUUGCAUAUCAAUUCAAUGCAUACAGGUGAAGCGACCUGACUGAUGCCAAGUCAAUUCAAUCACUUCAACGCCAUGUUAAUCUGGCCAUUAAUUGCCCAUUCUCAUUAGAACCGUGAAUCAAUAGGCUAUUGAGAGAAAGAAAAAGUAUCUAUAGAGAAUAGUCUGUGUGUUCCAUUAAUUAAUGAGUGUAUAUAUCGAGAGAAUUACAAGGAAUCGUGUGAUACAAGUGAACCUGUUGCCUUUCAAUAUCAUCGACCACCACCAUGACAAUUUCGUACACUAGCGAGGUACCAAAUGGAAGUAGUUUUGGAUGUUUUUGGCGAAUUCUCAAGAAAUGGCGAGGCAGCGUGUACAAAUUGGUGUGGCGUGAGUUACUUGCAUAUCUAUCAAUUUAUUAUGCAAUUAAUCUCCUGUAUAGAUUUGGUCUGAAUGAUGAUCAGAAGAGGAUAUUUGAGAAAGUGCGACAGUACUUUGGAGCGCAGAGUGAGAGUAUUCCAAUGUCAUUCGUACUGGGAUUUUACGUGAGUCUCGUGGUGAAGCGAUGGUGGGAGCAGUACAAAUUGCUCCCCUGGCCCGACACUCUUGCACUCUUCAUAAGUGCCGCCAUUCCAGGAAAUGCAAGUAUUGCGGAAUGCUUGGGAAAUUCUCCCCCUUAUUCACGAAGUCUCAUUCUGAUGCAGGCUGAGCAUGGUCGAAUAAUGAGGCGGAAUAUCAUGAGAUAUGCCUGCCUGGCGUAUGUGAUAACACUGCAGAGGAUUUCGCUGAGGGUGAAGAGGAGAUUUCCAACACUGCAGCACAUCGUGGACGCUGGUCUGAUGUUAGAGAGCGAGAAGAAGAUCUUCGAGAUUAUGAACCAGAAGAGUCCCAUGUCCAAGUACUGGAUGCCACUGGUCUGGGCCACAAACAUCAUCAAUCGCGCCCGCAAGGAGAGCUUCAUCCAGUCAGAUCACAUCGUACAGACGCUCCUGGUUGAGCUGUCGGACAUCAGAAGACGCCUGGGCGCUCUAAUUGGAUACGACACCGUCUGCGUGCCACUAGUCUAUACCCAGGUCGUUACGCUCGUGCUGUACUCUUACUUCAUAGCAGCCCUCAUGGGACGUCAGAUGGUGCCACACGUUGAUGGAUUUGUGGGAAAGUACGAAGAUCCCGACCUGUAUUUCCCACUCUUUACAGCUCUACAGUUUUGCUUCUACGUCGGCUGGCUGAAAGUUGCCGAAGUUUUAAUUAAUCCCUUUGGCGAGGAUGACGAUGACAUUGAGCUGAACUGGUUGAUCGAUAGACACAUCAAGGCGUCUUACAUGAUUGUUGAUGAAAUGCACGAAGAGCAUCCGGAGCUGCUCAAGGAUCAGUACUGGGAGGAAGUGGUGCCCAAAGAGUUGCCCUAUACUCAAGCCUCCGAACACUAUCGUCGUCACGAACCGAAAGGAUCGGCCGAAAAUUACAAAGUCAAACCCCAAGAUGCUCUCUAUGCCAACAUUGUGCCCUCCAAGAAUCGUCACUUGCCCGACGAUGUCUAUGCAGACUACGAGAGCGUCGAUACGCCCAUGGUGGAGCGUCGAAAGAAUUGGUUCACCCGUCAGAUCACGAGGAUGGGAUCUGCAAGGAGCUCAAGUACAGCGUACUCCUCUGGCGGACUGGUGUCCAGAAAUAGACACAAUUCCGUGUAUUCGAGUCCAGAAGCUGCCCUUGGACAGCAAAUUCAGCAAGGUGCAGCUCCACCCCAGCAAAAGAUGAGUUUCUACGACAAACUUGUGGGUAGAAAAUCAGGUCGAAACAGUCGUCAGCUUAUUAAACAAAGUUCUAAGCUGAGUCUUAACGGUGUUGUUGCAUCAAAUGUACCCCUGAGGAACAGACCGCGCAUCCCAACGCCUGAUGUAACGAAAGAAGUGAUGGACAGAGAGAAUCGUCUCUCCUUUGCAAUGACUCCAGCCUCAUCUAACAAUCAGACGUCGGUAGCAUCAGGAGUGGCUAUAAUGGCUCAACAGCUUGCCACAACUCCAUCGAUGUAUUCUCCGGCAAUGAAUUCUGAUGUUCCUGUUUUCGGAACUCUUCUGCUCUCACCUAUUAAGGAACAGGAAGCAGCCUCGGUUAAUAACAGUCUCAAAACUAACAAUAUCGCAACAGCAGCUCUGGCCAAGUCCAUUCUACCCUCGAAUCUGCAACAAUCAGAUUUGCAUGUUUUAGUCAUUUCAGCAACAUCUCCCUACAACAAUACAAACGUGAGCAGUAUACAAGAGAUCACUGGAUUAAGUCCUGACGAUGAUCCUAGCACGACUGAAGCGGCUCUUCCCACUGCCGUGGUCUUUCCCUCAAGUCUGGCUGUCGGCGAUAAUAAUGUGACUUUGCCAAGAAGUCUCGCGAAUAGCGCAUCAAAUAUGACUAUCACUGAACUGGUGGAUGAAAAGGACAACGUUGAUUCUACGUCUACAAGAGGCACCCUCUCCCGUGAGAGUAGCAAUGCCACGACUAAUUCAACGCAUUCGGCCACGGACGCUUUCAGAAGAAGCAUUAGGGGAAUGUUCAAAACGCAGGAUAGCAUUCAGUCCGCGGGCAAGAAGUCAGACAGUAAGACUAAAGAAGUAUAUGUUUAGCUCAAGACAAGAUUUGUAUAUAGAGCUUUAGUGGAACUUUUCCCUAAACAAUAUUUUAUUAUAUCUAUAUGUAAUAGGAAUUUUCACAAAUAAACAAUGAAGUA